ACGUUCUCGCGAUGAGAACCCCUGCGAAACCGCGUCUGUUAGUAGUGUCCUGAACUGGCUUACCUAUUUCAGGGUCGAAAUGGGGUAUUGGGAUAUACCAGAGGAGGACUGUUUUGGGAAGACGUGGUUUACAACUAAGAUGGGGACAGCCUUAGGUUUGGUUGGGUCUGCAUAUCAUAUUGUGGCAUACCAGCCUGACACUGCCAUCCAGGCAGUGCAGAGGGCAGCUAAUGGAACACUUACGAUGGCUACUCUUGGUGCAAUUUUUGGAGUGACUACAUGUUUAACUGCAGAAGUUCGUGAAAAGCCUGGAGACCCUCUUAAUUAUUUUGUUGGAGGAUGUGCAUCUGGACUCUUUCUAGGAGUUCGAACUCACAAUUACAUGAUCGGAACAACCUCCUGUGUCGCACUUGGAACAAUAGCAGCUUUAACGAAGAUUGGUAAGAGAGAAGGUUGGCGAUUAGCUGGACCACCAAGGCUUUAAAAAGAAAGACAGCUCUCCUGAAUUGCCUGUCAUUAAUCUAAUUCUACACUGUAAAUUGUUCAAAGUAUUUGUGUUUAAAUAAAGCUGGUUAAAAGAUUUAAAAAAAAAAAAGUA